GCCGCUGCCGGGUGCUGGAGGCGCCAUUGGAGCCGGCUUGGCUUGGAAGCUCCGUUGAGGAGCCCUCCGGCCGCAGUUACAGCCGCGUCCGCUCCUGGUCCCUGGCCCCUCGGCGGCAUGGCGUGCGGGGCGACGUUGAAGCGGCCCAUGGAGUUCGAGGCGGCGCUGCUGAGCCCCGGUUCCCCGAAGCGGCGGCGCUGCGCCCCUUUGCCCGGCCCCACUCCGGGCCUCAGGCCCCCGGACGCCGAGCCGCCGCCGCCGCUGCCGCUGCUCCAGACGCAGAUCCCACCGCCGACUCUGCAGCAGCCCGCCCCGCCCGGCAGCGAGCGGCGCCUUCCAACUCCGGAGCAAAUUUUUCAGAACAUAAAACAAGAAUAUAGUCGUUAUCAGAGGUGGAGACAUUUAGAAGUUGUUCUUAAUCAGAGUGAAGCUUGUACUUCGGAAAGUCAGCCUCACUCCUCAGCACUCACAGCACCUAGUUCUCCAGGUUCCUCCUGGAUGAAGAAGGACCAGCCCACCUUUACCCUCCGACAAGUUGGAAUAAUAUGUGAGCGUCUCUUAAAAGACUAUGAAGAUAAAAUUCGGGAGGAGUAUGAGCAAAUCCUCAAUACCAAACUAGCAGAACAGUAUGAAUCUUUUGUGAAAUUCACACAUGAUCAGAUUAUGCGACGAUAUGGGACAAGGCCAACAAGCUACGUGUCCUGAAGCUUUCUUGCGUAUCUGGGUACCAGGUUUGACCUCAAGAGAUGGCUGCUGUACACUUUUUGCAACUGGUUUGAUAUCACAUUUCAGCUCCAACUUUGCAUCCUGAGAACACUUAAACGUUUCUGCAGGUCCAUUUUAUACAACUUGAAAGACCUUAAAACUUUCUCGUUGCCACAAGCAUAUCUUUCUUUUCUGCUCAUCCAAUAAACAGCUGUGCCCUACUGUGAUAGAUUUUCCAAACAAAAAUACCUGGAGCAGCAGUUUAGCAAAAUAUGCCCUCAGUGGCACUCAACAAAUGGCGUUUCCCCAAGCACAGUUCUGUAAGAAGUGUGUGUGAGAGUGUGUGUAUAUGUGUGUAUGUGUCUUUUAAGUUAUUAUUUGUAUUGUGCAAAUUUUUUUGAUCUUGGGGAUUCUGGCUGUGAAUUUGAUGCACGACAAUUAUGGUUAAAAACAUUUGCUUGGUCUACAGAAGAUUGUUAAUGUUUUGUGACCAUAUAAGUUGUAACAGUGGAUUGUUUCAUGUGUAGGUAUUAUUGUUAAAUACAGGGACUGUUUCCAGGCACAGAAUAUGAAUCAUAAGUUAGGAUGGACAUUAGAUGUGAUUAUGAUGACAUAGCAAAGGUCUGUGGUCCUAGGUCUACAAAUGCGUGAUGAGGAAUUAGAACAAACCGGAGACAGGCCAUUUGACACAUGGACUCUGCCUAGCCGUGUUACAAAGAUACUUUGACUCCAAGCCUUAAAAUACCCACGUGGAGUCUCUGCUCACCUCACUCACACAAAGAGCUCCCUGGAUACUGAACCUCUAAAAAGAAAAAGUCUCCCCUGGAGCAGGAGUAUCAGGGUUUGCUUGGGAGCAUGACAUGGGUGAGCACGGGGCCCGCCCAGGCCCCAGCGGCACUGCUGUUUGGGAGGAGCCACUUUACCUUCGUAUCAGUUACUAAAAAUAGAAUUUGAAUCCUUUGGUCAGCUUCCCCCAAAUUCUUCUAAGAGGUGUCCAUGUUCAACUGCUUGAGCUUUGUUUUGGCAGCCCCCUGCCCGAAGUUGCUUACAGACUGUUCUUCACCUUGUUUCCAAGGCUGAGGAACAGAAAGUAGCCUCUGUUUUGAGGAGGUGGAAGUUAAGUAUACAUUUAUUUUUUACUGUGACUUGUUCAGGACCACAUUUUACAAAAUGCCUUGUUUCCUUUAUUAUUGUUUCUGGAAAGGAAAGUUCUAUUAAACUUGUUUUAGUUUGAAUAUAGAAUAGUUUUUUUAAUUAGGGCUUAUUUUGAAAAAUUCUGAGUUUAAUUCAAAUGUAUGCCAAUACCUUCCAAAGUAAGGUAAUAUUCAGAGACAGUUGUUCUGAUCAGAUGGCUUAGAGAAAUUUCUGGAAUAUUCAUAUUCGAAGAUUCCUUAUUAAUGAAUGUCUUUGACUUAAAUCUAACCAAAAACUGCAACAUUAUUCUUUGUACAUUUUCAUUAUAUAGUGUUAACAAGCUUAGUUGCAAACGAAUAAAAUACUUAAGCUAUUUGUUUACCUUGC